UACUGUUUGCGUUGAAUGGGAAGGGAUGAGGAGCGCGGAGAAAGUUCAUAUCAACAAGGGACUGAGGCAGGGGUGCCCUUUAUCCCCGCUGCUGUUUAUGAUGUACAUGGUGAGGAUGGAGAGGGCGCUAGAAGGAAGUAAUAUCGGGUUUAAGCUCUCAUACAAACAGGCAGGUACAGUAAUAGAGCAGCAACUCCCAGGUUUAUUUUAUGCGGACGACAUUGUGUUGCUCGCAAACAAGCAAAGUGAUUUGCAACGUCUGGCUAAUAUCUGUGGACAGGAAGGCAACAAGUUAGGUUUGAAAUUUAGUGUUAGAAAAUCAGGUGUUAUUGUAUUCAAUGAAAACAGUGAACAGACAGUGGAGAUACAAGGCCAAGAAAUACCUCGGGUAACAGAAUAUAAAUACCUUGGUAUAUGGAUAAACGAAGGCAACGGAUAUAUGGAAACACAGGAAAAAACCAUAACAGUCAAGGGGAAGAGAAAUGCAGCCAUAAUGAAGCACAGAGCGCUAUGGGGAUACAAUAGGUACGAGGUCCUCCGAGGUAUGUGGAAAGGGGUAAUGGUUCCAGGACUUACUUUUGGAAAUGCGGUUGUUUGCUUUAAAUCAGGGGUACAAUCAGGACUCGACGGGAACCAAAGGUCAGUGGGUCGCCUCGCAUUGGGCGCUCACGGGACGACUACAAAUGAAGCUGUGCAAGGGGAUAUGGGCUGGACUAGUUUUGAAGUGAGGGAAGCCCGCAGUAAAAUUGAGUAUGAAGAACGGCUGAGGAAUAUGGAGGAAAGUAAAUGGGCCGGGAGAGUGUUCAGGUAUCUGUACAGGCAAAACAUUGAUUCACAGUGGAGGAAAAGAACUAGGAAGCUUACCAGCAAGUAUGCGGCCUGUGGGGUGGGCAACACAGCAACAAAGAAGGUCAAGCGGAAAGUCAGAGAGGCUGAAUUAAUCUCAUGGGUGGCGGCAAUGGAAAAGAAACCUGCCAUGAGUAACUACUUAAGGGGAAAAAACGAAAUUAGGAAAGAAACCAUUUAUGAUAACUCAAAGGGAAGCUCAUUACUUUUCGAAGCGAGAUCGGGAUGCCUUAGAACACGCACCUAUAAAGCGAGAUAUAAGAAGGAAGAAGAAACAUGUGCUUGCUGCGGUAAAGCUAGGGAAACGACGGAGCAUAUUUUAUUAGAAUGUGAAGACGUCUACCCAGCGGUCGAUUUAGGCACCACUGGCCUCCUUGAAGCCCUUGGGUUCAGCGGGAGCAGUGGUAAAGCAAACAGGUCCGCAAUAGACAUCAGUAAGAGGCGAUUGGAGGAUUGGUGGAAGAAAAGCAGGGAAACGACAAAAGACGGAGACGUACAAAAGCACAGUUCGCAAUAGGGUAUCAGAAAAUUUGGACGUGGUAGUUCAUAGUGGUUUUUUUUUUUUUUUCAUUGGUGAACUUAGGUAGGAUAUUAGGCAGCAUAGUAGUAAGAGCUUGGUGGCGCAAGCCACCGCCCCGUUCCAAAGGGGACGCUCAUAACAUCCAUCCAUCCAUCCAUCCUUUUGCAAACUCUAGGUUUGUUUGAUUCAGAAAAACGUGCACGGCACCUCAAACGAAAAAGUGCAGGGGGUGCCGGGCUGCACCCACCCGCUGCAAGGUUCAAGGGUGCAGUGCACCGCGGCGGCACCUUGCAUUGCACCCCGUUCAAUCAAGCACGGGGGUGCAGGGUGCACUCGGUGUCGUGAUGUGGAUCUGAUGUGCAUAUCUGCAGUUUAUGGAUACAUGUAAAAGACUCAGCAUCAAGUGCAAGUGAACGGACCUACAGGCCCGAAGUCGAUCAUGCAAAUAGAUUCGCUGCACAAAUUUGUGACCAGAAAAGAUAUUCCACAUGAAAUGGCAUGCAAGGAAGUGUUGAAAAUAUUGCACAGUUAAUAAAACGCCUACGCUAUUAAUAUGUGGGUUGAUACACUCGUUAUGCAAAACGGAGGUGAGGCGUGCAGAUAGGACACAAGAGUAGAGUAUUUACAAGCAAACAUGCAACACGAGCGCCGCCCACUUCUCUACUCUUGUGUCCUGUCUGCACGCCUCACCUCUGUUUUGCAUAAU